UUUAUUUUAUUCGGCGCUAUGCUCCACCACGGGGCGAGCCUUUCGACUCAGUUUUAACGCGCGCGUUUUAUGAAACGACAACUAUGCGUCGAUGUUCGCUCGCAGAUAAUUCAUAUCGUGACCGAAAAUAACUACCGCGGUAAACAAAUUCGCAACUUUAUUAUAAGGUUUUUAAUUUUUUUUAUAAUAUUUAGAGACACCGGCGUUGUCUCCGCGAAUCUUAAUAGUUGAUCAUAGUUUAUUUUUACCGCCCAACGUGUGUUAAUAAUUGUGCUGGGGCCACUAGCGACUGUUUCUUUUUAUUAUCGUGUUUGGUUUGAUUCGCUGCAUUCGUAUUGCGGAAGCGAUUUCUUGUGCAAAUAAAAAAUAUAACGCGAAAACCGGCCGUGUUUUGAGAUUGUUCACCCACAGACCUGAUUAAUGCUGAUAAGAAUUGUUCUUUGCCGCGUUGAAAAUAUAAUCAAGGAGUUUUGACAACAGAUAUUGUUUCGCUUUGAUAUAGUCGAGUAUUUUCGAAAGUUUGCCGUUUGAGGAACAUGUGCUGAGGAAUAGAUACUGGACAGAAAGUUUGGAAAAGUGCUGAGUACACAUUGAUGCUGCGAGUGUUUUUUCAACGCGUUUUCGAGGCUAAGCGCUAGUUGUUUGAACAAGUGUGUUUUCUAAUGGAUUUAUUUUGAGAUUGUGUUCAAAACAUAAGAGCUGAAUUGCUUCAGUUAUUACAAGAGCGGCGAGGAGGUGUGCCGCAGGGUACCAAUCGCGGCCCCAUAUUGUAGAACUUAAUUAGUGUUUUAUUAAUAAAUAUUUAUUUAUAUACAAUCUGUGAUACCUGGAUGUGUCUCCAAAGGGACGAAGACGAUGGUGGUCAUAUAAAUGAUUUGAGACCAAUGGUGCAGCUACCUGUACUGGGUCCGGAGCCGGCACUGAACGCGAGCCCGGGCGGUGCUGCCAAGCCGCCGCUACUCAACGCAUUCGAGCUGGACCGCUGUCUGGACCGAGAGGAGUCGGGCAGGUGGGGCGACCCGGCCCGCCGGCGGCGGCGCAGCUCCCCUCCACGCCGAGCCUCGCCGCCGCGAGACCAUGAGCCCCUCUCACUCGCCAGGGCAUCAGCCCCGACUUCCCCUACCGGUGGGUCAGCGCACUCUAGCCCUGCGCCAGUGUCGCCAUCCAGCGGUGCGGGACCUCGGUCCCCAUUGCCGCUGGUGGCACCGGACCUGCUGGCAAUGCAGCUCCUCGACCAGCACUCGCAGCUGCAGGCUCUCAUGAAACAACGCCUCUUCCAUCAACAUCAUAUGCAGAAACAGCAUAUGUCAUCGGAGGCUGCGAAGAGGCAGCUGGAACAAUCUCGGCUGCAAGACCAGAUCAACUUGAACCUCCUCUCACAGUCGCAUAUGCAGCCACCUGACUCUUCUCCAGGAUCCCUGCAGCAGCAGCUCGGAGCGCAGCAGCAGCAGCUGGUGCAGCAGCUGCAGGCGGUGCAGCGCCAGUACCUGAUGCACGGCCCACUCUCCGUGCCACCUAAUGCACCUCCAGGUCUGAUGCUAUGGGGCAGCGAAAUGGAGGAGCACCCGUUGUUCGGUCGCGGAGUCUGCAAGUGGCCGGGAUGUGAUGCUCUCGCUGAUGAUUACCAAGCAUUCCUCAAGCACCUGGAGGCAGCUCAUACCCUGGACGACAGGUCUGCGGCGCAGGCGCGCGUGCAGAUGCAGGUAGUGGCGCAGCUGGAGCUGCAGCUGCGGCGCGAGCGCGAUCGCCUCGCCGCCAUGAUGCGGCACCUGCACGCCGCUAGAGACACACACCAUAAAAUGCCACACGGUAGCGCAAGUGAGGGCGCAUCUCCCGGCCCCGUGCGGCGGCGCGUCUCCGAUAAAUCUGGUGUUGCCAUCGCUGGUGAGAUACAACGCAACCGCGAGUUUUAUAAGACAGCGGACGUGCGGCCUCCGUUUACUUACGCCUCGCUUAUUCGUCAGGCCAUUAUCGAAUCUCCGGACAAACAACUCACAUUGAACGAAAUCUACAACUGGUUCCAAAGCACAUUUUGCUAUUUCCGACGAAAUGCCGCUACUUGGAAGAACGCGGUGCGUCACAACUUGUCGCUGCACAAAUGCUUCAUGCGAGUCGAGAACGUGAAGGGAGCUGUGUGGACUGUCGACGAGGUGGAGUUCUACAAGCGGCGGCCGCAGCGAGCCGCGCACGCGCCCGCACUGCACGCGGGAUUCAUGGGCGCUCAAAGCCCUCCAAUGAUGUCGAGCCCUCACGGCUAUAGCGAGGCGUUGAAACGUAAUCUUCAGGGCAUGAUGGAAGAUUGCAACCUGUCCUACAUUUCUGGCGAGGACCAUAUGAUGCAGCCAGAGGAAUAUCCCUCUUCCCACGAUGAUUACAGUCGUCCUACGAUGAUGAACGGUUACGGGGGUAGCAGUAGUCAUGAUAAAGCUGAGGACUUGAGCGGCGGCGACGUGCAGGACGUCAAGCCUAACAUAUACGCUCUCAAAAACGAGAUGCAAGCCUCUGAUUAUUCUAACAAAGAUUACACUAAUCAUAAAGAUUCUUCAAGCAAUCGCAAUGAUCCUAGCCCAUAUGAAGACUAUACUCGUUCUGACGACAGAUACAGACCGUCUAUGUCCCACGUUAAAGACGAAGCUGAGAAUUUGUCACUAAACGAACAGAGAUCUGAGUAAUUUUCAUAUUCGAGUGCUCUCUAACAACGAAAUCAAAGACCUUAAAAAGCAAUACGCAAUUAGCUAGUUUAUAAACUCCUUUCCGCGUAGAAAUAGCUUUCUAUAAUCACAGUAUGUAAUACUUCUACGGGUGUAGAAUUUGGUAUAGGUCAUGUGUUCAGGAGGAAUGUUACGAUUAGACGAAUGUAGUACCCUAGUUAUGUUAAACCCGGUUUAACGGGACAUUUUCAAGUAUUAUAGCUUGUAUGUUAAUCAUUUCGUUUACUUGUUUAAGUUUAGGGAGAGUUUCGAAUUGUUAGAUAGUAGGAAGGGUCAGUCCUUCGACCUUUAAAGGUCCAUAUCAAUAUUUAGAAAGUAAAUAUUUAAUCAUUUGUAUAAAAUAAGAACAAUAAGUAGGUGUAUUUGUUUACAGUAUGGUACAUAAGUUGAUACGCAUAGCGUUGUGUUUGUUCACACAAUUUGUGGUUACUUAUUUUACAAAUUUUAAACAUAGAUAAUAGAUCUCAACAAUCCACAUCUGUGCAGCUCACAAAAUAGGGUUGCCAUUAUAUUUAACAACCAUAAAGUCUAAAAAAAUUU